AUGAACUCAUCAUUCUUCCUGUUUACAGUGCCCUUCCAAGUGAAAUGCUGUCUAGAAUUUUCGAUCCUCACUCUCCUGAUUGAUCCCGGCUUUGCAAAGCAAGGGCUAGAAUCGCUAGUCAUAACUCCAAUCUCACAGGCGUCGCAGAGAGCUGGACGUGCUGGUCGUACUGGUCCUGGUAAAUGUUACCGUCUCUACACUGAGAGCGCAUACCGUAACGAGAUGCCUCCUACAUCAAUCCCUGAAAUCCAGAGGAUUAAUCUUGGAAUGACAACGCUGACCAUGAAAGCAAUGGUAUCAAUGACCUGUUAUCGUUUGACUUCAUGGAUCCACCCAGCCACAAGCGUUGAUCUCUGCUAUGGAGCAGCUGUACAGCCUGGGAGCGUUGGAUGA